AUGUCGACAAAGGAAACUCUUUGCUUUUGCACCGAGAAUGUAACAGCGGGUGUCAUUAAAAAUUUGACCUGCAAUCAACAAAAUUCAAGGAACUUCAAAAAUGACUUAAUCGGAACUGGUAACGAUACGAGAACGGGAACGGGAAAUUAUGUAUUUGCCUUGUAUAGGAAAGUCAGAGUAAACACAGAAAUAGAUGAGACAUUAGGCGAGUGUCUGCUGAAGACAAACGAAGGAUAUAAGACGUAUCCUUGUGAUUCAGCAGACAACACAAAACGUACAUGGGCUGGAAGUGUGUCUGAAGGCACAUAUUUAAAUGGAAAGAAAAUGAACAAUCUUCCAAGAUGGCUGCCGUAUGUUCGACGGUUAAUGAUAAACUGGAAUGAUGGGUCCAGUACUGUGGAGCAAGGGACAGUGUGUAUCAGCGUCAGAGAGCAGAAUAGAGCGUAUGAAGCCAUACCAAGGCAUUGCCACGAGACCUUUACUUCCAUCUGCCAAGGCAAACGCACUGAGUCAUCUUUCCUGAUCGUUGGUUGUGCACUGAUCACGGUGUCUGGAGCUCUGCUCAUCACCAGCGCCAUCUUCUUUAUCAAGGCUAAGAGGCUCAAAAAUCGUAUGCUGUCAUUUUCAUUAUAA